AGCGAGCGACCUUGAGCCGCUCCACAUCUACAUUCACCAUUUACAAUCACCAGCAGGUGCAAGAGAGCCAUGUCCAACUACCCUCACUCGGCAGCCAUCGCAUCCUCCCUCUCCACUUCCCCAUACGCCCUCCAGUCGAACCUCGAAAACCUCAUCUCCAGAUCACGCACCCAUCCACACCCACAUCGCGUAGCAGGCGAACACUCCCCGCCACACCACAAUAACUAUGCACAGCAGCCCUCUCCCUCUCAUCCGCACCCAGCGGAAGGCUCCGACGAUGAUUUAGACAAAUCUACAACUGGUCAUACGCUCGCGGCCCAUCACGCACCAGGGGUAGGCACCAUCCAGGAAGCCUCUCUUGACGAGCCACUCAUAUUCCAAGAUGACGAGGAUAGUAUUAACACCGAUCGCCAGCGAGGAGAACGUACCAGUCUCUUGAACCAUGAUUGGAAGAGGCGUGUGUCAAGGACAGCUAGACGGUCAUAUGGUGCCGCGAGUGCACCGCUGGGAGCGUACGAGGGUUCGCGGCGAGUCUCGUCGGUGGAUGGCCUCGGCGCAGGCAACAGUAGAUCAAGGUCUAAAGCCCGCACGCCACCUCGCCGUGAAAGCGAGCACGGCCGUAAAAACAGAGAUGGAGAUGUCGCUCAACCCCAUGGCGUCCCUGCUCAGUACUCAUCCGACGAAGAUUCUACCUCCACUCACAGGGGCCGUUUUCAAGGCCAACGUCCGCUGUCAUACACAUCCUCUCCGUACUCUUCUCCCACUUCUCCUUUUCGCAGCAAAACUGUGCGUGUAGCAGAUGAGUCUUCCGACGAGGAUGAAGGAGGGGACCUUGCUCGAGGGUUACUAGCAACGAGUGGAACGGGCGUUUUCGCAGGCAGUGGUAGGGUGGGAGACGCAGGGCUAAUGGAUUUGGACCCGGUGGAAGAGCUUGACGCCGAAGAUCUGGAACUUCCGGUAGGGGAGGAUGGAACAGAAGUGAGAGAUAGGACAAAAGCUAUCAAGGCUGAGCUUCCGAUCAUCCUGCGUUCUGCGCUGCCGGUCUUUUUCACCCAGGCUGCGGAGUGGUCUCUAGUCCUUGCCUCUGUGGUGUCGAUAGGGCACCUGGGAACAACUGAGCUGGCUGCAUCUUCGUUGGCAUCAAUGACCGCCUCCGUAUCUUGUUUCUCUAUUCUACAGGGACUUGCUACUGCUUUGGAUACUCUUCUCCCCGCCGCUUGGACAUCAUCAGACCCCUCGCGGGUGGGUCUCUGGACUCAGCGAAUGUUCAUUGUAAUGGGGUUCUCUAUGAUCCCGAUGUAUCUUUUGUGGUGGAAUAUCUCUCCCAUCCUUGUUGUUCUAGGGCAAGAGCCAGAGGUUUCCCACAGUGCAGGCGUCUAUCUUAGAUGGCUCUCUAUUGGUAUUCCAGGGUACGGAGGCAACGUACUGGUAAAAAAGUAUCUUCAAGCACAAAAUCUCAUGCAUGUCCCGACAUAUACAUUAUUUUUUGUUGCACCUCUCAACCUCUUUAUGAACUGGUUGCUGGUCUGGGGUCCAGAGCCAGUUCGUCUUGGUUUCCCUGGCGGAGCGUUUGCUACUGCCAUGAGCUACAAUCUCGCUUUUGUCAUUUCGUCCCUAUGGGCUGUUUUCUGUGGGCCUCGCGAAGCUUUCCACCCUAUACGGUUCAAGUAUGCUUUCUCUAAACUUGGUACAGUCACCUCUCUAGGUCUGGCAGGAACUAUCAUGCUUUCUUCAGAGUGGUGGGCGUGGGAGGCGUGCGCCCUUGCCGCAUCUCUUCUUGGCCCAACGACGCUUGCUGCCCAGUCAGUUCUUCUCUCCACUGCCUCGACCUUUUUCCAAGUUCCUGCGAGUCUGGGUAUCGCGUCUGCAGUGCGGGUAGGGAACUUGUUGGGGGCGGGGAGAGACUGGGAAGCCAAGUGGGCUAGUAGGACCUGUUUGUUCUUGAGUGUGACAUUUGCGUUGGUCAACAGCACGAUCUGUAUUAUAUUCAGGACUAAUUGGGGUUAUUUAUUCAAUAAUGACCCCGAGGUUGUAGCACUUGUGGCUUCCGUCAUGCCUUAUAUCGCCCUUUUCCAAAUCGCAGAUGGUAUAGCCGCAACAUCGGGAUCCAUUCUUCGUUCACUCGGACUACAUACGACCGGCGCCCUGAUCAACCUCACGUCAUAUUAUAUCAUCGGCCUCCCUUUUGGUCUAUGGCUUGCAUUCACACCCACAUUUUCUCUUGGCCUGAUUGGCCUUUGGCUGGGUCUCAGUGUCGCCCUAGGGUACGCGAGCGUGCUCAGUGCAGUGCUUGUCUGGAAGGCGAACUGGGUCAGGGCGGUAGAAAGAGUUAGGGAGAGAUUGGGUUUGGGUGUGCAUGGUGUGGUUGGGAUAGACGGCAAGUGGGAUGUGAGAGAACAGGCUAUUGAAGAAAGGCAAGAGUUGCCAUAAUGUCGUACUUCUGGCGCGCAGCGGGAGUGACAAGGCACCGGAGUGAGAAUAGCCUGGAAGAGAAAUGGUCACAUCUCAUCGCGCGACGCGCCGUCGCUCCGUCCAGUGCUCGAGAGCUGAUGAGAAAACUAGACGAGGGAUAUACCGUUACUGCUAUCAGCAUGCAUGCGUACUCGUUUC